AGUUUGGAUUUAUCAGAAAGCUUCCUCUCUUAACUCCAUCUACUAAUUCCCACAUUUCUCAUUCCCUCACUUCAUCUGCCACUAACCAUCCCAUUCCAUCAAAUUUUAACACAAGCCCCUAUAAUUUGUUAUAGGGUUAUAUAUGCAGGAUGUUUGUUGAAGGAGAUAUGGAAACGUGAGUGUGUUUCAGUUCCAAUAAAUGGGAGAUAGUGACAUUGAAAUAAUGAAAGAAGCAAACGACGAAUCUUAUGAUGUGGUAGAAAUAAUUAGUGAAGUUGAUCAAAAGCUUUGUGAUAAUGUUGUGAUAUGCAUCGAAGAAAAGUUGGAACGACUGCCUCAUGUUAAUGCAAAUUGCAAGAGUAUCUAUCAAGUUCCGAAAGGCCUACGUGAGAUGAAUGAUAAAGCCUAUACCCCUCAAUUCAUUUCCAUCGGCCCUUUUCAUUAUGGUACUCGAACGAAUUUGAUAGCCAAUGAACAUUAUAAGGUUCAAGGUUUUUUUAACUUUCUACGUCGUUUAAAUAAUAAGUACAAGAUUCAAUCAUUGGAAGACAGCGGCCACGUUAAAAUUACCACAUCAUUAUUGAAGGUCCUAGUUGAAAAAGCCUGUUGUUCGGUGAAAGAAGCCCAUAAUUGCUAUGCAGAACCAAUAAACAUGAAGGAAGAGGAGUUUUUUACAAUGAUGCUUGUGGAUGCUUGUUUCAUAGUAGAGUUUUUAAUAUUAUGGGUUUGUGAAAAUCUAUUGCAACGACGUGGUAAAUUCUUUCAAAUUCAAGACAAUGUAGAUUUUUCAUUCUACCAUGGAAUAGAGUUCGAUAUACUUAUUGACUUGAUUAAGUUAGAAAAUCAAGUCCCUUUCAUUCUUCUCCAAAAUCUAUUUGACCUGAUUCCAAAAUUAGAUGAUGACCCCAUGAUCUCCUCCUUGAUACGUCUUACAGAUAUAGCGCUUAAGGGGUUUGGGUUGGUGAGCAGAUAUGAGAUUGAUGAUUUGUAUUAUAAAGAACCAAAGCACUUGCUUGAUUUCCUAAGUUUCUACUUCCUCCCUUUGCCCCCUGAUGAUAUGCAGAACAAGCAAGAUGAGAUAAAAAAUAUUGAGAAGAAGAAUAAUGAUUUUCGUAAGCUUCUUUCGUGUCUUUGGAAUAAGAAGCCUGAUCAUGAGAAAAAUAGUUAUCAGCAAUGGAGGUUGAGUCCUCCCUCCACAACUGAGCUCUGCGAGGCUGGUAUCACCAUCAAAGUAGCAGAUAACGAAAAUUUAUGUUUGACAAACAUAAGCUUCAAAAAUGGGGUUUUGGAAAUCCCACCUAUAAUUAUUGAAAGUACCUUCGAAAUUGUGGUACGAAACCUGAUAGCAUUUGAUCAUUACCCGGCAGGAAAUCAGAAGCAGUAUGUAAUCCAAUAUGUGUUAUUUUUGGACGAUUUGAUAAGCACGGAGGAAGACGUGCAUUUACUUGUGAAGGCUGGAGUCAUAAUCAACACUUUUGGUGGCAGUGAUAAAGAAAUUUCAGAUAUGUUUAACAAUUUCUCUAAAUUUGCAAUCUUCCCAGUUACUUCCCACUUUGAUGAUAUGAGCCAAGCUUUACGUGUGCAUUGUAAUGGAAGGUGGAACAAGGCCAAAGCUUCCCUCAAACGUAACUAUUUCAAUACGCCAUGGGCCGUUAUCUCCUUCAUUGCUGCAACUUUCCUCAUUCUUCUCACCCUCCUUCAAACGAUUUUCUCUGCUAUCUCUGCAUUUCCUAGCUAGCUACUCAAACCUCUCCCUACGUAUUGUUAAACCAAUGUAAUUAGGAUUCUAUUUUAACCUUUUUUCCUCUCUGGUUUUUGCUAUUUAUUCUUAUUUUAUUAUAUUAUUCUCCAUUGUUAUUAAGAUUCUACCAUGUGGUGUAGGGCUCCUAUCCCUUACACUUUUAUUUUACCUUAAAUUCUAUAUUUGGUCCAUUGUUGAAUGACAAACAAUAUAUAUUCUUGUUAAAGUGUUCAU